CACGACCUGGGCGGUUGAGCUGAGUCCGUGGCGUCAUGUCAGCCCAAGGAGUGGUGUUGCUGUUGUUGUGGCUGAACUGCUGCGGCUGGGCUCUGUGGAGGUACUCCACUAACACCCCAAACUACCACAUUUUGAGUACCAGAAGUACUAUUAAGUUAGAGUACGAAGGAACAUUGUUUUCUGAGUGGAGUGUGCCAAGAACUUGUUCUGUGAAAAAUAAAACAUCACCCAAGACAGAACUGCGAUGUUCUUCUCCUGGUGUUCAUACCAUAAAACCCAUUGUGAAAGGCCCAGAUUUAGAAGAAGAACGCUAUUUAUCUGUGGACAGUUCUCUUGUUUGCUUUCUGUGGUAUUAUAAAGUCAUGAAUUUCUAUCACAAUUUAACCCAGGUUCUCAUUAUAUGGAUAGUCGAUCCAGAAAAUGCAGACCCAAAUGAGCUGCAAUGGAAUGCAAGUGAACCUUCACUAAAUUCCAUUAUACUUAGCAAGCAAUUGGCUGCUUUGGGACAGAAGCCUGCCAUAUAUACAUUUCUGAAGAAAAAAGUUUAUUUUCCACAUAGGAAAAUGAAGAAUGGGGCCUGGCAAAUCUCAGUGCCAAUGUCAGCAGAAGAUGUAAUAAAGGAGAUCAAAGGAUAUAAAGUGGCUUUUCAAGAUUGCUUUAUUGCAGAUACUCUUUUCCUGCUGACUUUUCCUUUGUUGACAAUACCCGAGAUUCCUGGCUUUUUACCAAUCUCUUCACCACGUGGUAGUCAGUUAAUGUCAGACUGGAGUGCUUGUCUUGUUUCCUCUGCUAUUGUGGUAGCCGAUAUGGAGACCUUUCAAACAAACGAUUCAUUUCGUACUUGGACCAGAAUCAGAGUGCCUCCAAACAUUCUGACUGAUGACGAAAGACACAGUGUGUCUGACGUGAACCUAUCCCAGGAUGGAAUAUUUUUUCUAAUAAGAGGUACUCUUUACCUAAAAAAUAUUACCACAUUUACAAGACUGGGGAGCAAUGAAAACCUUCCUGAAGAUGGAAUUAUUGGCAUUACAUCAAGAAAAUGGUGUUGGUUAAAAUAUUUAUUGAAGGAUACCGAAAGAAGAAGUAGCAUGGCAAUCUGGACAAGAAAUGAAGUUUAUCUUGGAUAUACUUCUCUUAACUUUGUCAAAAUAAUUACUACUAAAAAACUGGGGAAAAUUCUAAAUAUAUCACCAGCUGCUACUCUGACUAUACACAAUGUUGAGUACACAGGCCACCCUUUGGAACUUGCCUUGUUAUUAAAUUACUGCGUUACAUGUAAUGUUAUUAAAAAAAUUUACCUAGUGAUAUAUAACGAAGAUACAAAACAGUGGGUGCACCAAGACUUUGCAUUAACUGUCACAACUGACAGUUUUAUAAUUCCAUAUUUUCUAUAUUCAGCACUGCCACAAUUAAUACUAUGGGACAAACAUAGAAUCUACUAUUGUUAUUACAAUUUCACUGAUUUUGGAGUUUUACAAACACCUACAGAAUCUGGAAAUCUAUCAAGAUUAUCACAUGACAGCAUUAUUCAUGAUGUUUUAAUAGAUUAUUAUGGAAAUAUUUUGGUAAAAAUGGAGAAUAAUAUAAUGUUUUAUUUCAAGAUUAAUGUUAGAGAUGCAACAAAGCUACAUCUAUGGACAAAUAAUGCAACAAAAUCAUCAAUUUUCUUGCAUACAUCUGCUGAAAUCUCUCUCUUACAUGUUUUUGACAAUGGCACAAUACAUCCACAGGAAUAUCCCUUAAAACUGGAAGCACAAAGUGUAGCUUUCAAAACAAAAGAAAAAUGUCCCUUCAUGGCAUUUUAUCAUAAUACUUCUCAUAUUUAUUACCUUUUGGACAAGGGACAGAACCUGUCAGUUUGGGUUCAAAUAGUCUAUCCAGAAAACAUCGGUCUGUAUAUGAUUGUGGAAUCAUAUGGCCCAAAAAUAUUAGAAGAGAAACAUCAUAUUCACUAUGAAAUUGCCUUAGGAUACUGCACUAAAACCAUGAUAAUAACAUUUUCUCAGAAUGUAAAUUAUGAGGCAGUGGAUGAUUACUUCCAGCUGCAAUACCAGAACACAGGUCUUCUGCUUGCUCAGGUUAGGCCCAGUGAAUACACAAAAGCAUGUCCAAUCGCCCAAAAGGUGUUCCAAAUAGCUGUUGGCUGUGAUACUAGUAAAUUCAUUGUUGUUAAAGGAUUUAAAGAAAAAGGACAUUUUCAGCCUGAUUUCUUUUACAUUAUUGAAAAGUCAUACCUGAGGGAUCGACCAUCUAAAAACUUGAGAGUAAAAUAUAGUUGGAAAAAAUAUGGCUCCCCAUUGAGACUUCAUUUCAGAGAAAAGUUUCACCCUUUGAUUCAAUUAUACAAUGACAACGGCUAUAUUGAAGAUGUGGAGGCAAAUUUCAUAGUGUGGGAAAUACACGGCAGGGAUGACUAUAGCUUUAAUAAUACUAUGAAGAAGAGUGGUUGUUUACAUGAAGCCCAGACAUGGAAGUCAAUGACUAAACUUAAUAAGCAUCUCCCAUUAGAAGAAGCUUGGGGACCUGAGAACUAUAAGCACUGUUUUUCUUAUGCUAUUGGAAAACCAGGAGACUUAAAUCAACCAUAUGAGAUUAUCAAUAAGUCUAACCAUAACCAUUUAGUAUGGCCCAUGCACCACACCGGAAUGUACGUGUUUCGAGUGAAGAUCCUGGAUCCAAACUAUAGUUUCUGUCCCCUGACGGCAGUAUUUGCAAUAGAGAUCUAUGGAAUGAUUCCCAGUCCAAAUGGCUACCUGGUUGCUUCUCUUCUCCUUCUCUUGAUGCUACUGUUCUUUAGCAUUCUAGUUUUGAGCUACUUCCAUUAUAUGAGGAUUUAUAGACAAUAUAUUUAUACACCAAUGUACAAAACUGAAAGAAAGCAAAAGAGUAAUUAG